AUGAUGUCUUCUAUGUCCACCACCGCUUCAUCACUACCCGAAAAGUCCACUUUGUCUCCUCCACCCCCAAAGAAGCGCGGCCAUGCUCACAGAAGAAGCGCUGCGAUAUCUGGCGAUUUUGAUUCUAUGGGAAUCACUUUCUCAUCUAAUACCAAUAGCAUGACCCCUUCUCUAACUCCCCCAGCUUUCAAAUUUGGCGGGUUUUCUUCUUCUUCUGAUAAUCACCCUUCUGACCUGAAUAACAAAGAAAAUGAACUUAUACAUGGUAUGGCAACUAUGGUACCGAAUAAGGAGUUUUCUUUCCCGAACGCCCCGGAAAAUAACUCCAAAAAUGCGUCGGUUUAUGGAAAAAAGAGCGACAUCAGCUUGAGUACAAAAUAUUCUGUGGAUUCUUUCUCAAAUGAGGUUUCCUCAACAGAGACAACCCCAGAAAAUAGCAAUAGUGGUAAUAAUUCGACAAAUAAUAAUAAUAAUAAUAAUAAUAAUAAUAAUAAUAAUGGCAGUUCCUCAUAUACAUCUUCAGGCCCAUCAACAUACAACAACAGUGAUAUGAUCGAUGCCGAUGAACUUAAUAAUCGCCUCAGCCAAUCUAAGUUUUAUCUUUCUACGGGUCCUGCAGUGGUUGAACAGAGCGUGCCAGCAGCAAUAAUUGAUCUUGAUGCUGCGUUGGAUUUCAAUGUAGAUGAAAGCAUUAAGGCCAAAUCUAAAAGAUUCCACAGAAGAACUGAAUCAGCGCCAGAGUUUGACUAUAUGUUUGGUAAUUCAUCUCUAAAUUUUUCUUGGCCAGACAAAAAUCUUGGACCUACGUCUAAAUUGAACAUCAGUACGUCUUCUAAUGGGUUGGGUUUGUAUAAUACUCCAGGUAAUAGAAAAAGUUUUCUCCUUGGACAAUUAUCGCCAACUACCGAUGAACCAAUCGUCGAAGAAGAAGAUGAGGAAGAGAAUGAACAGGAGGAAACCCAAAGAGCGAAUGAUUACCAUGAAAAUGAAUACUUGUAUCAAAACUCGUUGAGUAAGAAGCCAUCUAUUUACAGCAACGAAUUUUCAACAAGCUCCUCAGCAAGUUUGACCAAAGAAUCUAACAGUAUACAUUCCGAAUCAUCCUUUGCCAAUAGCACUGAUGAAUUGAAAAAAAUUUCUUAUUCUUCUACUAGCCCAAAAUUCAAUUCAAUUUUGCAACCGCCAACCCCCAUUGGUGUUAGAAGAGGUAGAACUCCAGCAAGAUACCAGAAUCAUUACGAUAAUUCAAAAUUAAUAAUCGAUGCAUUGAGAUCAACGGAAAGUUUGAAUAUUAUUGGGAAAACCGAUAAUUCUAAUGCCAAGGAUGUUAAUCAUAAAAUAUCUUUGCCGAUUCUUUCUCCGACAUCAGCAAAUUCAUCAAAGUCCAAUAAUUAUGGGAAGAACGUUAAACCGUCGAAAUCUUUAUCACCAACACGGUUUAAUUUUGAGCCAAUUAUUUAUGAUGUUGCCAAUAUGCCUUUGGAGUCUUUGAAAGCUUAUCAAGAAAAAACCUCAAUCAUCUCCGAACACCCGUUACUUCCUCCCCCAGGCCUAAAUAAUCACAGUAUUGAUGGCAAACUGAUUCACGAAGAUUUUAUGGAACUGUCUGAUGACUUCAAGUCUAGUAAUUCAUACACAAAUGAAACAUCAAUGAGUUCAAUUGAAGGAAGUGUACUGGAGGAAGGAGCAGUUGGAAAAUUAAGCAGAUCAUCGAAUGAAGAGGUUUCAAACCAAAUAGCUUUGGAUGACUUGAAAACAGAAGGUAACAAAGAAAUGGAUGCUAUGAUUGUUGAAGGUUCAGGUCAAUUGAAACCAAAAGUGAGAAGUUUCCAUCAUAAAAAAUCCCGCAGUAUUUCUGCUUCCGCUGCCGAUGAUUUAUCUGCCAAAAUUUCCACCAAUAAAUCGAAAUUUUAUAAAAUGUUUGGUUCAAGUAAUAGAAACCUAAACCAGCCUAAUGAAAAUAGCAAUCAAAACAGCUCAAGAGACUUGGCAUUCAAUUCGAAGACGUCCACUGUUGAUGGGAAAAAUAAGACUAAUCGUCCUGUUGCUAACCAUCAUAGAAGAAGAUCUUCGAUUUUGAAUUCCCUUCAACAAUUUUUGUCGAAUUCAUCGACAUCUGCGUCUACUUCAUCAGUUGCGUCAAUGAGGACAAUAACUCAGAAGUCUCAAAAUCUUGCUCAUCAUCAUAAUGUUCAGCAUCAACACAGCCGAGCUGCUGAUAGUGAUCAUCAAAAGCUUAAUACUUCUCAGUUAUCCCAAGAUAUGGAGUUUGAUUCUUUGAUAUCCACCCCUGUGCUUCACCGUAUUGGUUCUCACUCUAGAAGUGUUUCAAGAAGCAGUAACGCUUAUUUAAAUUCUUCUGGUGAAAGUAUUACCACCGCCAAGUAUAGCCAGACAGGUGGAAAUUCAACUAUUUUUGGGAAUGCCAAUAAUAGUAAUGCUAUCGUGUCUAGUGGCGCUAAUUAUAGAGAUAGUUAUUACAGCAUUGGCAAUACCAGUAUUCGCACCCCCGUGAAGGCAGAAAACAAUGGGCCAUUGAUGUCCUCCCCAACAAACUUGAUGGAUGAGUCGCAAUUAUCUGCUCAAACGAUUACCAAUGCCUCUGGCUCCCAAGUUGAUUUGACAAUAAUUCAUCCUUCACUUCAGAAAAAACAAUCAGUUUACUCUUUGGUAUCUUGUGAAUUAGAUUCAUACCACGAAUAUCCCGUACUUGAGGAAGAAGUUCAUGUUGACCGUCCUAAGGACACAGGAUCAUUAAAAGCUUUCCGUCACAAAUCAUCACCAGAGUUGUCUCUUAUGAACACUUCUGUUUCUUCGGGGAAUAUUAUUGCCGAUAUUACUAAAAAUUAUAAUGCUAUCCAUGCCCAGCCGGAUAAUUCUAAGAACAAUUCCUCUUCUACACAAACAGGCAGUCAUGAACGCAGGUCAGGAUUAUUCAAGAUUAAUACUCGUUCGAGUCUUAGUUUAAGCUUCAAUAAUAUAUUGAAAACCCCAAAGAGAAAAGUUAGCCAACUGUUUGGCGCAACCGAUUCAUUGAGUGUGUUGAAUUUUGAUGGCUCAAGUAUCAGCAGUUCUAGAGUGACUCCAAACAGUAAAGUGUCAAACUCAAAAAGGGGGCCCAAAAGGUACAGUAAAAUAUUGAAUUGGAUCAAAAGUAGCGGUAAUUCGAAAGAUGAAGAUGGUAUUAGCAUUCCUGGAUCUUCAAAACGCUGA